UUGAGCCACUGGACUCCACCUGGAGGAAGAAACUGUCACUACAAUAAAACGAAACACACACCGCACGUACGCGCACACCCACGCGCGCACACAUACGCUCACAGUCAGUGGCCUCUGCGGAGCGCCUGAUAAUUUUCCCACAACAAUAACAACAGUAUGGAUUUCAACGUCAGGAAACUUGCCUCAGAUGCGGGAAUCUUCUUCAGUCGGGCUGUGCAGUUUACAGAGGAGAAAUUUGGACAUGCAGAAAGAACUGAGCUGGAUGCUCAUUUUGAAAAUCUUCUAACCAGAGCAGAUUGCACCAAAAACUGGACUGAGAAGAUUUACAGACAGACAGAAGUUCUGCUUCAGCCAAAUCCAGGUGCUCGAAUCGAAGAGUUCCUGUAUGAGAAAAUUGACCGGAAGGUUCCACCUCGGGCCACUAAUGGAGAGAUAUUAGGCCAGUAUAUGCUGGAGGCUGGAAAAGAGUUUGGGGCAGACACACCAUACGGUAGCACAUUGAUCAAAGUGUCCGACUGUCAGAGGAAACUGGGUGGUGCUGAGCGAGAGUUUCUCCAUACCUCGUCCAUUAGUUUCCUCACACCACUGCGAAACUUUCUGGAGGGCGACUGGAGAACCAUUUCGAGGGAGCGCAGACUUUUGGAGAACCGCCGCUUGGAUCUUGAUGCCUGUAAAGCUCGUCUUAAGAAAGCUAAAGCUGCUGAGAGCAAAGCCGCCGCUGUGCCCGACUUCCAAGAAACCAGACCACGAAAUUAUGUCCUGUCUGCGAGUGCGUCUGCGCUCUGGAAUGAGGAGCUUCAGAAAGCAGAACAUGAGCUGCGAGUUGCUCAGACAGAGUUUGAUAGGCAGGCUGAAGUCACCCGGCUGCUGGUAGAGGGGAUCGGCAGCACACAUGUGAAUCAUCUGCGCUGUCUGCGUGAGUUCGUGGAAGGACAGGUGAUGUAUUAUAACCAGUGUCACCAGUACAUGCAAGAACUGCAGGGAGAACUGGGCAGAACAUGCACCGACUCACCUGCGGUGGAUUCUCACUCCUCCAGUGGUCCCGCUGACCCAUCCUCUGUCCUGAACCCGCCUCCUCCUCUGGAAACAGACGCUCUGCAAAUCGAAGACGUUCAGCCGCCCGCUAGUGGCACACGCAAUGCCAAAGUCCUGUUCGACUACAAGGCCGGAGAUUCCAGUGAGCUCUCGCUGCGGGCAGAUGAGGUGAUCACAGUCUAUACAGUACCUGGAAUGGACUCUGAUUGGCUGAUCGGUGAAAGAGGAAACCAGAAAGGCAAAGUGCCUGUUACGUACCUGGAGCUGUUGAGUUAAAGAGGCGAGAAAACACACAGUUUGUUGCAUUAACAUCCAUCAGCGACAUGAACGCACACGGCAUCAUACAAUGUCUGUCUUCAAAUUCGCGUUUAUUUACUGAAAAUCAAAUGAGAUGCAUGGAAUGAAUGAUAAGGUUUGACUGUUUUUUUUUUUGUUUUAUUCAUUUUUAUUUAUGUAUGUAUGAUAUGUUUUGAAGAAGUUCAUCGAUAUUGAAAGUUGUUGAGUGCAAAAAUGGCCAGGAUUUUUAUUUUAUUUUAGUAAAACUAAGUUUUUGACUAAUAUUAACUCAAUAUCUACAUUUUAGACCAUUAUUAAAUAAUGCAAUGUUCUGCGUUAUGAAACAGUCAAAUAUCUGAAAAAAAUUAUUCUUUCACAAAAGCUUAAAACUAGUGGUUGCCCAUUUUUACUAGCCAAUAUUGAGAAAGCAAUGUGGCUGAUAUAACACAAAUGUAAUCACAGUUAACAAGUGAAUUUUUUUAAACAUUUAUUGCGUAGAAUAUUUAUGAAUAUAUGAUGAGUUUAGACGCAAAAGCCGUUAAACCAAAGUAAGAUAAAGAUAUUAAAUGAAUGCUCUUGCCAUGUAUUAUACGUUCAUCAAAUACUUUCUCUUUAAAUCCGCUUUUAGCAUAGCUUAGCAUAAUCCAUUGAAUCUGAUUAGACCAUUAGCAUCGUGCUCAAUAAUGACCAAAGUGUUUUAAUAUUUUUUCUAUAUAAAACUUGACUCUUAUGUAGUUACAUCGUGUACUAAGACCGACAGAAAAUUAAAAGUUGCGAUUUUCUAGGCUGAUGUGGCCAGGAACUAUACUUUCAUUGCGGCGUAAUAAUCAAGGAUUUUGCUGCCGUAACAUGGCUGUAGCAGACGCAAUGAUAUUACGCAGCACCUGAAAAAGGUCCUCUUUGUAACUUUCAAUAGAUGGGGACUAUUUUUUGCCACUGCGUUAUAUCAUUGCGCAACUUAAAAUUUUCCAGUACACGGUGUAACUACAGAAGAGUCAAGUUUUAUUAUUUUUGAGGGUGAUGCUAAUGGUCCAAUCAGAUUCAAUGGAUUAUGCUAAGCUAUGCUAAUAGUGGUACCGCCAGACCCGGAGAUCGGCUGAAUGGAUUCCAACUCUAGGGGAGCUGGAAAAUGAGCCUAUUUAUAAAAAAGUGGAGUGUCCCUUUAAUAUCCUUUUAAAGGCACAAUAUGUAAGAUUUUCAUCAUUAUAGGUCACAUUUUCAAAACAAACAAAUUGAAAAGAUUUAUGGGAAAAAUCCGAUAAUUCACUCCCCCCCCAAAUACCGUCUGAUAUAUCGGACUGUAAUAUAUAAUAUAAUAUAAUUAUACGUUUUCUCAUUCAGAGCAUGUACAAACUUGACUAGCUGUUUAUUUUCUGCGAACUGAGAAACUGAACUGAGUCAGUAGUUCAGUAAAACAGAUUGUGAUCUUUCUUCAGGUUUUUUCUAAAGCUCACCACUAAUGCCAUUGAACUAAGCUUAAUAUUACACACAUUUAAUGUACAGAUAUUUGCACUGUUAUGAAGUUUAAGAACACCUUCAUAAUGCCUGAUUAAAACUGCCUUACAGCAUCUCAUUCAGACACAUGAUCAGAUAAAAUAUUGUUUAUUAAAGCAGCAACAUUUACAGAUAAAACUACAACAUAAUGGAUUGACUGGUUUAAAAUAUGAAUGUGAAAUUCAAGCCUUACAUGUUUGAUCUGUAACACUUGUGGUUUUUUGCAUGAAUACUCGAUGCCUGUUGCACUUACACUUCAACUUCUGUAAGUGUCAAUUGCAUUUUUUUGUGUAAUAUUGAAUAAAGUAUUUCAAUGCAGUCCAGAAGCGUGGUGGUACCAGCUGUUAAAGCUUAAUCUAUAGCAUAUAAAGUAAAUAUUUGAGCAUUCAACUUUAUCCAAGCUAAAAACCAGUGGUCAAAAUAAAACGAUGGAUUGAACUACGACAUUCAGACAGUCAGAUUUACAUCUGUUAGACGUGAUAUUCGAAAGAGUGUGUGAAACAAUUAUAAAUUGCGCUACAGCAUGAAACCGGUAUAAUCCAAGCACUUUUCUACAGUAUAUAUGUGUGUCAUUCUGUGUCAGUACUUGUGCAUGGCUGGUUUAACACACAAAUAUUUUAAACAAGUUUACUUAUUGCUUGAACACAUGGUGCAGUCAAAAUUAGUUACAUGGUUAAAUGAAAACUUGACUAGUAGUAACUAAACUUUACUGAAAACCUUAUUUUUUUUUAUUGAAAUAUAAUCUUAUGGUGCAGCUCUACCAUUUAGUAAGAGAUGAAGCAAAUUAUUGUUUGACGCUGAACACAUCUUUAACAAACUUUCUUUCAAAUAAUCUCUCUUUCAUAUUUUUAGGAUAGGCUUUAUGUGUUUUAAUAGUGAUAUGUCACAUGUGUUGUCUGUGUUUAAAACCUGGAAUAUUUUAAUGCCUGUUUAUGUGUCUGUGUUAAUCUGUCUGUAUAACAACACUUCAUUACUGCAGCUUUUCAAACCAGACUGAUAAAAAAAAAAACUUUUACUGUUGUGCUUUUCUAAAACUGAAUGCCACUUGAGUUCAAUUGGAUUGGACUUCCAAAAGCCAUAUUUAAUUUGUUUUUGCCAUAAAUAAGAUACCUAUCAGGAAAUAUUUUUUGAACCAAAUAUGUUUUUUUACUUUAAAUUUAUUAUGUAAUUUAUACCCAAUAAAUAACUAUAGUUUAGCGUUCUUGUGCAGCUAAAGAUUGAAAUGUUCAUGAUGUAUUUUAUUUGUUUCCGUUCUGUGUUUUAUUUAUUAUUAUUUUAGUUUAUAUGAUGGCCACAAUUGAACUUGUGAUAAAAUAAAACGCAUACUAGAUAACA